UUGCUUCCCUGUGUAUUUAUUAUCGUUUCUUCGUAGAUGACAGCCUUGCCUCAUGGAUUUACCGGGUCUUUCCCUUAUUUGUUUUCUUUGAGAGUUGUCGUGCAUGAGCCUAUCUUAGCCCAAGGCUAUACAAACGUUUUAGCAUUAUCAUACCUAUCCCAUCUUGAUCUUCGAUUUUGAAAGAAGUGGCUGAAACUGGUUGCUAGUUUUUUUUAGCUGUUUCUUGCUGAUAUAGCCAUUGUGUGCAACAUGUCAGGCACAAUGGAAGGGGAGAGGAACUUCUUUGCCAAAGCAACCCAGCACCUGGCUCGUGCACUGGCUGCUCAGAAGGACGCCAAAAUUGAGAAGGUCCAGCCGCUGAUCAGCCUACUACCAGUGGUGCCGGCCGAGGGACCGUUCUCGGUGAACCGCCGCGGCCAGGAGGCCGUCUGGGCGCUGGCCGUGUUCCUGCUCGAGUCGGGACUGCAGCACCUCGAUGCGAUCCUGCCGCGGCUGCUGCGGCUGCUCGCCGCCCUGCCCAGGGCCGCACACUUCGAGGAUUUUCGCGUCAACCUGUCUGAUCGCGUGCCUUCUAGCGAGCGGUUUGCCUUCUGCCUGGGUACCAUGCUCUCAGACGUGGCGGCGCGCCGGCCCGACAAACGCCAGGCGAUUCUGAGCGCCCAGGUGCGCGUCUUUGCCGACCUGGUGGCCGCCGUCCGGGCACACAAGGAGAGCACCGACAAUGGCAGCAUGGCCUCAAAAGUCCAGCUGUGCGUCACCACCGUUCCGCUGCUGAUCGGUCUGGCGCGCGCCAUGGGACGCUCCUCCGUCCAGGAGCCGCCGCUGUUCCUGCGCAUCUUCCCCCGGCCGCUGCCACCGCCGGUGGCCCCAGCGCCGCCGCCUGUCGACAGCCGGCCGGCCAAACGCUCCUUCAGCCACUUUCGGUCCAUCAUUCCUCGCUCGAUGAGCAGUAACUUUCCGUCCGGCACGGACCUGAGUGUGGUGGAUGCGUCACGCAACUCCAGACAGGACGUCAGGUGGCGGACGCCGGUGCUGUCCACCCAGCCGUCCGUGCCGCUGGACCCUCAGUUCCAGUUCUUCUGCAAGUUCGGCUCCAGCUUCCAGCCCAGCCUGCCGGCUGUGGCCGGACAGCGCGAGUGCAAAAACCCGCUCGUCUUCUCCGUCAAACAGCUGGAGGAGCUGUUGAGCCUGGCCAAGUACCUGCUGCUCAAGGACGUGCUGAACUACCUGGACAACCAGGCGACGGACGUGUUUGCCGCUGAGCUGCAGGUCAUCUUCCCCUACCAGACGUUCAACGAGAUCCUGAACCUGACGAUCGCCGCCCUGCUCAGGGAGCUGCUGCAGCAUCAGACUGACCUGCCGGCUCCGUUCACUCGGGACGUACAGGAGUUCAUCAAGGGUCUGUUCCUGUCGGGUCAGACCGAGCUGCAGGGCCGCCAGCACGACGCCGAAGAGAGCGCCGACCGACGGCACGCCUACCAGGUCGUCAACAAGUACAAGCUGAAUGUGCGCGCCAACGCCGCCUGCGUGGAGCUGCUCGUCUGGGCCGUCCAGGAUGAGGCUGGUGCCGACAGUCUGUGUAACCGUCUGACCGAGAAGUUGACCUCCGGUCACGGCCACCGGAUGGUGUUGGCUCACAUGCCGCUACUGCUCGUCUGUCUACAGGGUCUCGGCGAGCUGGCGCAGCGAUUUCCGUCGAUCGCCUCCAGCUGUAUCCGGUGUCUGCGAGACUUCCUCGUGCUGCCCUCGCCGAUCCUUGCGCGCCUACAGCGGCAGCAGAGCGAUCUCACCACGCCCGCCGGGCAGAACAUUACUCUGACGGUGACAGACACGAGCGGGGCAGCGCCCGGACGCACCAGCCGCGUCACUGACUCGGCCCUGGACCAGCUGAGAGACGCGGCCAUCGAGAACCUGUGUGUGGCGCUCAAGGCCGGUCACUCGUACGACGAUGUGACCAUCAAGGCGUUUGUGGCAUCCGUCUCCAACCGGCUCUUUACGGCCACCCACCGCGCCAACGCGCGUACGAUCGACUACAACCUGAUCACGUACAACAUGAUCAUGGCGCUGGGACACGUGGCCGUGGCUCUGAAGGACACGCCGGACACGUCGUACUCGAUCCUGCAGUUCUUCGUUCAGAUCUUCUGCCGUCGUCCGAGCGAGGUGGACGUGCUGAUUGUGGACCAGAUGGGGUGCAUGGUGCUGGCGCGCAGUGAGCCGCGAGUCUACGAGGAGGUGAUGAAGGUGUUCACCCAGAUCACCGUCGAGUCGAGCAACACCGUCUACUCGGACCAGGCUGCCAGUGAGGACCGCGGCAAGGACUACAGGCACGUCUCCCAGCCGGUGAUUAACGCCCUGGCCAACAUGGCCGCCCAGCUGCAGGGAGAGACGGAGCUGCACGACCUGCUGGUGCGUCUGCUGGAGCUCUUCGUCCAACUGGGACUCGAGGCCAAGCGCGCCUCCGAGAAGGCCAUGGGAUCGCAGAAGGCUCCGUCGGUCACCAGAAACAUCAAAGCGUCCAGCUCGGCCGGUAACCUGGGAGUGCUGAUUCCCGUGCUGGCCACCCUAGUGCGCCGCUUGCCACCCAUCCGGAACCCCCGGCCUCGUCUUCACAAACUCUUCAGGGACUUCUGGCUGUACUCGGUCGUCAUGGGCUUCACCGUCCAGGACUCGCACAUCUGGCCGGUCGAAUGGUACGAGGGUGUGAAGGAGAUCGCCAUCAAGUCGCCGCUGCUCAUCAGCUCACAGACCUCGCUGGCCUCCGAGAUGCGCGAGCUGCAGCACACCUCGGCGCUGCGGAACGACGCCGUAUCAUUGACGGAGCUCCAGGAGCUAAAGACUCAGAUCCUCAACUACCUGGAGCAGCCGCAGGACGUGUCUGCCAUCAUCAGGCAGCUGUCGUUCGCCCAGUGCACCUACCUGCUGUCCGUCUACAAACUCGAGAUGCUGCGAGUGCAGAACCAGGAGGAGACCAGUUUCCACGCCAUGUUUGAGUACCUGAACGACCCAGCCAUUCAGAGGGACAAGUACAACAUGUGGGCCUGCAUGAACAGCGUCGGUGAGCGCGUGUUCGCCAGCUUCCUGGACGUGAUGGCGCACAAGCCAAAGAACACUGCACGGGAGCGUGAGCUCGAGGGUCACGCCCAGUUCCUGCUGGUGCACUUCAACAGCCCGCACAAACAGAUCCGGCGUGUGGCCGACAAGUUCCUCUCGCAGAUGGUCGAUAGGUUCCCGCACAUCCUGUGGAACGCCACCGUGCUCACCACGAUGCUGGACAUCCUGCAGCUGCUCAGUGAGUCGCUGCAGCAGAACCCUAAUGAAGUGUACCCCGACCUGCGGGUGCCCGGUACGCCGUACUGCCUGGUACUGCAGGACACCACCGAGGCGCGAGAGACGACGGUGAAGGACUUCUCGGCGCGCUGCGAGGGCAUCAUUGAGGAGGCGAUGAAGUGGGCGCCGGCCACGACGCGCUCCCAUCUGGCCGAGUACCUGACGCGGCCGGCACCCGCGCACCACACGGGCCUGGCACUGGCGCUCGAGGCUGGACUACAUUUCGCCGGCCCCAGCCCGCAGGCGGCCCCGCUGGCGGCGGCGACGCUCUCCAAGCUGCCCGAGUGUGUGAAGAGUAACAGCUCCGAGCUGGUGACGGCCGUGGCCCUGCGCUGUCUCUACUCUGGCGAGGUCCGAGGUCUGCAGGCGGCGGGGACUGACGGUCAGCUGGCGACUCAGCUGAAGGCUACGUGGACGCGGAAGGAUGACGCUGCGCACAGUCCGGCGCUGCUGAGGGUUACCGCGCAGCUCAUCAGCACUACGGGUCUGGACCGGGAGCUGCUCCACCUGGUGGCCUGGUCUCCGGCCAUCAUGUUCACCGAACCGGCCAUGCGUACCGGUAUCCAGUGCUGGGAAUGGGUGCUCUCGGCGCGGCCCGACCUGGAGAUCAGCUUCCUGCGCGAAAUGUGCGCCGCCUGGCAGUACACGAUCGACAAGCGCCUGGGUCUGUUCAGUGAGCAGGAGCCCGAGGUGAACCCGCUGGCCGUCUACGAGGGCUGCUCCAUCGAGGCCAAGCCGCCGUUCGUGGCGCCGCACCACCUCUGGGUGCAGUUUUUGCUGGAGCGUGUGGAGAUCGCCCGGUACCGCAGCCGCGACCAGGUGGACCUGUUGUGCUCCCUGCUGCACAGCACACUGUCCUUCUCCGUGGGCGGAGAGCGGGGCGCCAUGACGCGCCACGUGGCCGCCGUCGGCACCCGGGUCCGCCUGCUCACCUGUGGCCUCAUACUGCUGCAGUCGGAUGUGCUGCCAAAGACGCAGGGUAAGGUGGCGCUGCGCGAGCGGAUCUACUACGCGUGCCUGGACUACUUCUGCGGCCGGCCGCGUUUCCCGUGCCCCGAACAGUCGGCCACCACUCUGCGAGAGGACAUCACCGUGCUCAUCCGCUUCUGGCAGAACAUGCACUCGGACAAAAAGUACCUCAAGACCAGCAUGAUGGGAGGGUUCAACCAGUGGAACGUGGCCGGUACGCGCGAGGUGGCCUCCUCGGCGCGGCCGCCAGCCAGCGAGUUUAACCCGUCGGUGACGGGCUGGUUCAACACGGUGCCCCUCACCUCCAACAACUCGACACUGUCGCGCCGCUCGGCCAAACACCGGCUGGCUAACCCGGAUGUCUACGUCAAAGACUACAUCAAGAAGAGGAACCUGAUCCUGGCGCUGCUGGCAGCCGAGAUCGAGCGUCUGCUGACGUGGCACAACCCGCAGAACAGAGCCGAGCUGCACAUGGCCGGCGAGGAGAACAUGGCCGCCUGGCGCGCGCAGCCCAUCUCGGAGAAACAGUGGCACGACCACGUCCGGCUGGCCUGGGACAUCAGCCCCACGCUGGCCGUCAUGCUGCCAGAGCGGUUCAAAGACGAGGUUAUCACCCGCGAGGUGAGCCGUCAGGUGCGCAGUAAGCCGCUGGCCGUCUGCCGCGUCCCAGAGGCUCUCCAGUACCUGACCACGCCCGAGCAUAUCGUCAACGACAUCAUCGAGCUAUCUCACGCGCUGACGUGGGCCAAGCUGCCGCCAGUACGGGCGCUGGCGUACUUUUCGCGGCAGUACCCUCCGCACCCGAUCACGGCCCAGUACGCGGUACGGGUACUCAGCUCGUACCCGUCCGAUACGGUGCUGUUCUACAUACCGCAGCUGGUGCAGGCCGUCCGCUAUGACACGAUGGGAUUCAUCACCGAGUUCAUAAAGCGGGCGUGCGCCAAGUCUCAGAUCCUGGCGCACCACGUCAUCUGGAACAUCGAGACCAAUAAGUUCCGCGACGAGGAAGGCCUCGUGAAAGACGCUGAUCUGUACGAGCCGUUGGAGAACAUCCGAAACGCCAUCGUCUCGGCGCUCUCUGGGCCGGCCAAGGCCUUCUACGAGCGAGAGUUCAGCUUCUUCGAGAAGAUUACCAACGUGUCGGCUCAGAUCAAACCGUUCCCGAAAGGCCCGGCCCGGAAGGAGGCGUGUCUGAAGGAGCUGAGGAAGAUCGAGGCGCAGGAGGGCUGCUACCUGCCCCCGAUCCCCGACUGCCGAGUGCUGGCCAUCGACUAUAACAGCGGCACGCCCAUGCAGAGCGCGGCCAAGGCGCCCUACCUGGCCCGGUUCCGUGUGGAGCGAUGUGGAAUCAACGAGCUGGAGCAGCAGGUCAUGCACGUGCUGGACGGGCCCGAUGACGCGGCCGAAGAGAGACGACCCUCCAUGGGCGUCGAGAAGUGGCAGGCCGCCAUCUUCAAGGUGGGAGACGACGUGCGUCAGGACAUGCUGGCGCUUCAGGUGAUCGAGCUGUUUCAGAACAUCUUCAAGCAGGCCGGCCUGGACCUGUUCCUCUACCCGUACAGGGUGGUGGCUACAUCUCCCGGAUCGGGCGUCAUCCAGUGUGUACCAAAGGCCAAGUCACGCAGUGACCUCGGCAAGGAGACGGACUUUGGUCUGUUUGAGUACUUCCUCACCACCUACGGACACGCGUCCAGCGCCAAAUUCCAGGACGCCCGCCGCAACUUUGUCAAGUCGAUGGCGGCCUACUCGCUGGCACUCUUCCUGCUGCAGAUCAAGGACAGGCACAACGGCAACAUCAUGCUGGACGAGGACGGCCACAUCGUACACAUCGAUUUCGGCUUCAUGUUCGAGUCGUCUCCGGGCGGCAACAUCGGCUUCGAGCCGGACAUCAAGCUCACUGCCGAGAUGGUGAUGGUGAUGGGGGGCCGGGUGGACGCCGAGCCGUUCAAGUGGUUCAUGGAGCUGUGCGUCCAGGGGUACCUGGCAGUCAGGCCAUACUGUGAGGCCAUCAUCUCCCUGGUAUCGCUGAUGCUCGACACUGGACUGCCCUGUUUCCGCGGACAAACCAUCAAACUGCUGCGAGCCAGGUUCGCGACCUCCUCCAGCGAGCGGGAGGCGGCCGCCUACAUGACCAAGGUCAUCAACAACUCGUGUCUGAGCUUCCGCAGUCGCACCUACGACAUGCUGCAGUACUACCAGAACCAGAUCCCCUACUGAGCGACUUCCGUCGGGCGCCCUCCGCUCCCAACAGACGGGCCCGUGAAGGGACCAUUUCGGAGCUCUCCGACAUACCGACGAACCCCGCGAGCGAAAUCGAUCCAAGCCGACACCAUUUAUCACUCACCACGGGCAGAUGCCUGUGUUCUGUGUGGGAUGUAUGCGAUCAUUGCUUUACUUUCUGUAGAGCUGUCGAACACUCGGUCUCGUCCAGCUAUCGCAGCUAGCGUCGUAGCAUCUUCUUGGUGGCUAAGGUUGUGCAAGCUGCGGUGCUGUAUAGCGGUGUUUGAAACUGCACUCCAUUUGGCGACGCAUGCAUCGAUUUUUUGCGGCAUGGGUUCCGCGGAAGGACGCCAAGCUGAGCCAGUUUGCAGGAACCCUAUCUAUGUGUCCGGAGUGUGCUGUGCUUCACUAGCGGUACCUGUAGGCAUACAUGUUUAUGAGAGCUGUUAUGUUGUUGGCUGUUGUUGGUGUUACCUGAGAAAGAGCUAGAUUGUCCGUUUGUGUGCGGGGCUGGAACCCAGUAUGUAACACCCUGUGGGCUCCGCGGUGUCGGGCACGGGUGGUCAUUGGUUAGCACUGUGAGCUUGGAGUAAGGAAAUGUCUGGUGACACCCAGUCGUGCGCUCUGGUUGGGUUGGGCGUCGCGGUAUGAUUAUUAUUUCCGCUCUACGUGCCGUGACACGCUACACCGGACGCAGACAACAGAGAGCCCACGGUCGUCUAGUCGUGGUGAGAGGCUUGUGGGGACGUGUGAUGUGAUCUUAUCGGUGAUAUCGGUCUACAUCUAUUAUCUGUUACUUCAGAUAGCCAUAUUUAGUCUCGCAAAUAUUUGUGAGUGAUAUGCCGGUAGCUUCUUAGAGAAAAGUCGAGGCAUAAAAGCAGAGGAGUGACAAUAUCAGGGUGCAGUCCACGUAAGAUUGAUUUGUAACUUGCACCUAAUUGUCAGUUCCCAACCGAGGCGAAAUAUGUUACUUCGAAGUUACGUUUUGAUUUUUGGACGGUGCUAGGAAACCUGUGGAGUGUGGGGUGGGGAUAUGAGCCAUGUUUGUUACCUACCGAUGCGGGGUAGAAUGUAUCCCAAUGAUACGAUUUAUUACUCGUGAUCAUAUAACAUCGAUCAUUCCCGUGAUCAGUCUACAGUCAAAUAACUGGAGUAAUUGUUGUCGCGAUGUUGUAGACCAUGUUAUUCGUGUGUCGAUACUCUAUAUCCCGCUGCGUGUUUAGUGUGAAGUAAUUUUGUGCAGUGUCACUAUCACGAAUAUAUCGAAAAAUAAACCGACUGCAUGA